UGUACUGCUUGGUCAUGCUGUGCCCGGAGCAUCAGCCUAGUGGCAGGGCCUUUUGGGGGCUCCCUGGAUUUGGGGUCUGCCUGGCUGCGGCUGCAGCUGAGAAGAGGGGGCGACCUGGCAUUCUCUUGCAGACCUGUGAGCCCGAGUGGACACCUGACCCAACCGGGUGUGGCUGUAGACAAGGUCAGCAAUGUCAUCUGAGCCUCCCCCACCAGCGCCUGCACAGCCCCCCACUCAUCAGCCUUCAGGGGGGCUGCUGGACACCCCUCGGGACACACAGCGUUCCCCAUCCCCGCUGCGGGACAACGUGGUCCCAAGCCCCCUGCCCACCCGCCGGACGAGGACAUUUUCUGCGACGGUGCGGGCUUCCCAGGGCCCUGUCUACAAAGGAGUCUGCAAGUGCUUCUGCCGGUCCAAGGGCCACGGCUUCAUCACCCCAGCGGACGGCGGCCCCGACAUCUUUCUGCACAUAUCUGACGUUGAAGGAGAGUACGUCCCAGUGGAAGGCGAUGAAGUCACCUAUAAGAUGUGCUCCAUCCCGCCCAAGAACGAGAAGCUGCAGGCUGUGGAAGUGGUCAUAACCCACCUGGCACCAGGCACCAAGCAUGAGACCUGGUCUGGGCACGUCGUCAGCUCCUAGGAGGCCCGGGAGCACUCCUCCUCCUGGGCUUCUGGGAGAAUUAAGUGGGAGAAGGAGGCGGGGCCACAAUGAAGAUGACAUUCUCCUGCACAAGAUGGGGCUUCCAGGGUGGGACGGAGGCCCCUCUCACGUAGCCCUGGAAAGGGACCUGAGGGCAGGCAUGGGUGCUCUCGGCCACCAGCACAGCCUCCACCAUCAUCUCAACAAGCGCUUACCAUCUGAAAAGCAUUAAACGCAUUUGAAAAGGAGAGGCGCCCUAGUGGCUGAGUGGAGAGGUCCAGCCCCCGCCCAGGGGGUGGGUUGGAGGUGGUUUUUCCUCAGCUGCCCAGAACCCCUCUUCUCCCUUUCUUUGAGUUGGAGUCAAAAUCCCCAGAUCUGUGUGGCCCAUAGCAGGUGACUUACCCAAGGUAAAUUCCACCUGGUACCCUGGCCGGCACGGAGCGAUUUGCUACUUCUCUGCUUGGUUGUUUAAGGGAUCUGGCUUCUGUGUGUGGGGGACUUUUGGAUUAAGAGACUUUGCUUUUUGGUGCCUUGCAGGAGGGCACCACCACCACCACCACCUGUCCGGGAAGAUGGUUCCACCAGGACAGUGAUGACAACCUUUUAGAGCUUUCAGUGAUACACAGCUCGCUGUGGCCCCUGUCCCAGGGGUUUGUCAUUACUGCUGUAGGAGCACCCCUGGGGGUUAGUGCAGUGCACUGGGCUAACCUUGGGCUUUUCACGUCUUCUGGUGGAGCGGUCCCCACUCAGCAGCCAUUGAAGUCUUGUCGUUAAGCUGUCACUUGGGGGUGGAUUAUACAGGAGGCUGUGGCAGAGGGGCUUGUGGAGAGGGUGCAAGUUUGUUUCGGAACAAAACUUGCCUGAUUCAUCCCGAAAAGAAUAGAUAGCUUGCUUUCUGAUCCCCAGGUAAAGUUAAACGUUGGAGAAAUACACUUGUGGUGGUGGUGGUGGUCUUUAAAACCAGUGUGAAGAAAUGCUUAGGGAUUUUUUUUUUUUUUUUUUUUUAAUAAAGCUCACUCCCCCAGAGCUAGCUGAUAGACCCUUAGGGCUUCUUUUGUAGUGGUUUGGUUUGACUCUAGGUGUGAUUUGAAAUUAGAAGUAGUUGGGUAAUAUGUUUUGAAAUACGUGGCCUGGGCCAAUUAAGGAUGCGCUUGUCAAUGCAGGGGUGAGCCUGUGAAGUGGGUUUUCAGGGGGCCGUCAGGGUGGGAGGGUCUCUUGAUGCAGGAAGCACUAGCAAUCUCAUCAAGUGUCUUAACUUUGGGUGUGUUUGGCCUCCCUAAUAAGGCUUUGUCUGAAAGGAGAUCAAAGGCUGGAACCUUUCUGCUGAUGAGUGGUGGGAUGGUUUUAAAAUAAGCGUGUUGGUGGUUGGGUGUGUGUAUGUAUUACUCAUCUUCUUUAUUGCCUGUGGUGCCCCCUGAAGGGUACGUCCUCUCCUGCUCUGCCCUCUGCAGGGUCGAUGGUAUCUUUUUUCUUGCUGGGUCAAAGGUGGCCUUGGAUGGCUCCCUGAUGGCAUCUCCCCUGGGGCCUGCUGGGCACAGAACACACUUCCACGCCACUUCUGCCAAGAGGGCUGAGGGCUCGCUCGUCAUUGCCCGCCCGCCCAAGCAUCUCUGUGGCUUCGUCCUUGCCUUGGCAUCUGGUCACUGUGGCCUGGAGGGGCCCCUACACUGUUGCCCCCGUCGGCUGUGCCCCACGGUUUGGGAGUCACAUUCUGCUGUCAGUGAUCUUUCGAUUUUCUCGUUUAGCAGAAUCCUUUGUCAACAGCUUUCUGGGUGACCACACUUUUUCAGUCCACGAGUUUUCUGGAACUGCCGGAUGUGGGAGCUGAAAGAGACAGCCCUCUGCUUUUAUGCAGAGCCUCCAUUUAUGGAUGGGGCGGGUCACGGGGUACUGGGGAUGGAUCUGGGAAUAGAAUGCAGGAUUCCCCAAUUUGGAUCUCGCUUCCCAUCAGCCACCUUUCAAUAAAGUUUGUUUUGUGUA